AUGCCAGCACUGAGGGAGAUACAAACAGGAACCCCAACACGGAGAGAGGUACAAACAGGAACCCAAACACGGAGAGAGAUACACACAGGAACCCAAACACGGAGAGAGAUACAAACAGGAACCCCAACACGGAGAGAGAUACAAACAGAACCCCAACACGGAGGGGAUACAAACAGGAACCCCAACACGGAGAGAGAUACAAACAGGAACCCCAACACGGAGAGAGAAACAAACAGGAACCCCAACACGGAGAGAGAUACAAACAGGAACCCCAACACGGAGAGAGAUACAAACAGGAACCCCAACACGGAGCGAGAUACAAACAGGAACCCCAACACGGAGAGAGAUACAAACAGGAACCCCAACACGGAGAGAGAUACAAACAGGAACCCCAACACGGAGAGAGAUACAAACAGGAACCCAAACACGGAGAGAGAUACAAACAGGAACCCCAACACGGAGAGAGAUACAAACAGGAAUGCCAGCACUGAGGGAGAUACAAACAGGAACCCCAACACGGAGAGAGAUACAAAUAGGAACCCCAACACGGUGAGAGAUACAAACAGGAACCCCAACACGGAGAGAGAUACAAACAGGAACCCCAACACGGAGAGAGAUACAAACAGGAAGACCAGCACUGAGGGAGAUACACACAUAACACUGUUAUGGAAAAAAUACAAACAAUAA